GAACAAGAAGCCGAUAUUUCUAACUCAUUCAUAGUUUGUCAUUGGCAUGAGGAAAUCUGGUUUAGGCUAAUAUGCAAAUAAAUGACAUUGUUUGAUAAAUAAACAGUUUCGGACGUACUAAGGAGUUUACUUUGGGGAAUUAACGUCACUGACCAGUUGAGAGGAGGAACGUCCUUGAAAUGCGAUCUGCAAUUAGAGCAGCGGGAGGUUGGCAGGACGCGAUAAUUCUCAUGGUACCAAGGGAACAGUGUUUCGUUACUGGCCUCAAGCUGACUUCAUUUUCUAAAUAAAGCUAGCUGUCUAGCACAGGAGCAUAUUUGCACUUUGCAUGGAGCUCCCAGAGCCGAUCAGAAGACGUUUAGGAGACUUCUCCAGAACAGUGUUUGUUGAUCAAACCCGUGCUCAACCAUCUCCGGAAGAUCAUGUCAGGUUUUUGGGGCACAACAGCGAGGUCGUUUCCAGUCUGCCUCUCCAGAUGUCUCUGUUCUUCAACAUGUCGUUUUUCCCACUGUGGUGGAUCAGCGAGGUGGUGAUGCUUCACCUUAAGUAUCCAGUGCUUCCUGACUACUAUAAGUUCAUACUCAUCACCAUUGUAAUUCUGAUGACUCUUAUAGAGGCUAUCAGGCUCUACCUGGGUUAUACAGGAAAUUUACAAGAAAAGGUCCCAGAGCUGGCCGGCUUCUGGCUUCUGAGCCUUUUGCUGCAGUUUCCUUUAAUUUUGUUCCAGCUCUUCAACCAAGCCAUUCUGAUCCAACCUCUUGAGAGAGGGGUUCACAUUGUAUUGGCUGUAUUCAUUCUCACACAGGCAAUAUCUGGCUUUGCAGCUUUGCGGGGAAUGGUCAGACACACAGAAAGCCACUUUCACCUCAGACAGUUUGAUGGGAUUCAGGAGCUGAGGGCGGCCUGACUGAUUUGCAUCUGGGCUCACACACAGAUUCGUACAGAUAAGCAAAAGGUUGAGUUGCGGUGUAGCUAUAAGAUUCAGCUCUGUGUUAUAACGGUGGACCAUGUUCUGCUAUUUACAGAAGUAUUUUUGUAUUCUAUUUUUAUACCAUGUUUGUUCUUUGUAAAACCAUUGAAUGUUGGGAUUUUUAGACCCUUUUCUGUUUUACAGUGUUUGAGUAACAUUAAGCCCUGAUUGCAGUGGCAGGGAGUAUGUAGGAGGGUCUGGGUGGGGCGGGG